AAAAAAAAAAAAAAAAAAAAAAAACACCACUAGAGGUCCCCAUACCAUCCAGAACAUAAUUCUGUCUGGCUGCAGCAUCAUCUUUAUCCCAGCUGAAGCACAGGCUGGGACAAAAGUCCAGGAAGUAAGGGCGGCACUAGCACUCCUCUGUGCUCACUCCUGUCCUAUCAGACUGCUGCAUGAAAACAGAGAGGAGGGGGUUACAGAACAGGCUGUAUUGAUUGGAUGAAGAGACCCAGCAGAGCACAGCAGAUUCGGGGAGGAUGAUGAGUCAUUCAGAGUGAGAACACGCCCCCUCCAAAGCACAGAAUGGCAAACCAUGUGAGCGACAGAUAGAAGAAAUUAUGGCUUAUCAGACUGCAACAUGGAAAAAGAGGGGAGAAGGUUACAGAGCAGCCUGCAGUGAUUGGCUGGAGAGACCCAACACAGCAGACUCAGGGAGGAAGAUAAGUCUUGUAGAGUGAGGACCCAGAGCACAGAAUGACUAACCAAGUGAGGACCCAGAGCACAGAAUGACAAACCAAGUGAAACAACAGAAAGAAGAAGCAGAACAACAAAAAAUGAUGCCGAUGUCUUCUCCGCUGCCGGGCGCUGGUGGCAUCCAAUGGAACCCAUCACAGAAGCUUCUAAACUGCUCCCUGUAUGAAAGAUGUGACUUUGAAACAAAUUUAUGUGGAAUGUCAUCUGAAGGAUGGGUCCGUACCAAUGGGUUAGAAGUUGGAAGUUCACUUUUUGAUCAAAAAAAUAACAUUACAGCUCAUUUUCUGAUAUUCACACCAGAAAGUGCCCCUAGUGCCCAAGCCAUCUUAAGAAGUUUGAAUUUCCUUCCGACUGAUGAUCAGAUUUCUUGCCAGCUGAGGAUGUACUACUACCUCACUGACGGUAGUGCUGCGCUCACGGUGGGACUGCAAAUUCCAACUCAAGAUCAAGUUAAUGACAUUUGGAAGCAGGACGUGAGCCAUAAAAAGGAGUGGAGAAGGGAGGUCAUUACUAUUAGCAGCUCCCAGCCAUUUCAGGUUAUCAUCAGAGGUGUUUUCUUGGGUAGUGGCACAUCAGAGUCCAUUGCCAUCGAUGACAUUUCUUUCAGUGAAGGCUGCAGACCAGCUAAUGAAAUGAUCUUGUCCUGUGAGUUCAGUGCGGACACUUGCACGUGGACCUCCGAACCAUCUUUCGGACACAUCCCCUGGAGACACACAAGUGAAGAGAGCGCGCCAAACUUUAUGUCUAUACAAAACUACAGAGGACAUUUUCUGUUUGUUGAUGGGAACCCCGACAAUUUGCAGAAAAGGGCUUAUUUAAAAAGCUCACCGUUUCACAGGAGCAAAGGAAAUAGCUGCCGCCUCCACUUUUAUUACAUGAUUGAGAAAGACAACAGUCUGAGGCUUCUGCUCUACUCGGAUGAGAAAGAAAUAAUACUUUUUGAACAAGAUAUGACAACUAAAGGCCAAUGGGUGGAAGGGGAAGUCUGUCUGCCUGAGAGCCCAGAACACUUGCAGCUUGCUUUUGAAGGAACAGUAAGGAGCAUCGACGGGUUCAUCGCGUUGGAUGGAUUAAAUAGUGCUGGCUGCAAAGAAUAUUCUGGAAUCCAAAAUUCUACCAAUGGGCCAUGCUUCAACAGGGAGUCGAUAAGUAAUUUUCCAAGUGACUUCAGCAAUGGCAAUGAAGAAACAGCUUCCAAGAGUUUUAACACAUGUGACUUUGAGUCUGGUUUUUGCAAUUGGAAGCCUCUUAAUACCAAUGGUUGGGUCUGGAAAAUAACUAAUGGAAACACAAAAAGUCAUGUACAGCUUGGUCGAGACCAUACAACUGACAGGGAAUAUGGACACUUCACAUACUUUAGUGCGGACUUCAUUCAGGGAGAAAACGUUCCAUCAUCACAGCUGGAAGGGAACUUCUUGGUGAAGUCUUCUGGAGAAUCUCAAUGCCAGAUGCAGUUUUGGUACCAGAUGUGGGAAUCCUCUAAAAUAUCAAUAUUCAGAAGAAAAUUACCUAAUAAUGGAUUGGAACUACUGCAUGAGAUCACUGACCCUAGUGACAACAACUGGACUGAGGCCACUGUACCUAUCAAGAGUGAUUCACCGGACACUGCUCAGAUCGUUCUGGAAGCCUCGCUUUUCUCACCUCAGGCCUUAGUUGCUAUUGAUGACAUCAGUUUUUCUCAGCAUUGUGUCACCAAUAACACAUUUUCAGGUAAAUCAAAGGAGCCCAUAUUUCUUCACUGUCCGUCUGACUUUUCUUGCGGAGAUGGGACCUGCAUACCAUGGAAGAAGCGCUGUGAUUUUACAAAGGACUGCGCCAAUGGCAUUGAUGAGAAUUUAUGUCCUGCUAAAUGUGACUUUGAAUCAGACGACUGUGGUUGGCAUGAGGUGCGCUACUUUGAUUUCUUUGACUGGGUCCGGCACUCUAGAAGCAGCUUACCAGAAACAUUUCUCUCCCAAGCCCCACCUUUGGACCAUACCACUAAUUCCACUGAAGGGCAUUUCAUGUUUAUUCAGAGGAAGGCUAGUAACUUCAGUCAGAUGGCAGAGCUCAGGAGUCCGAGGUUCAGUCAAGCAGGACAAGGCUGUUCUAUGACCUUCUGGUUUUACAACUAUGGAUCAUCAGUGGGAGCAACAGAAAUACUUUUACACGUGGAUAAUGAGCGAGCGCCCACUGUGCUAUGGAGAACUUACUUUAACCAAGGGAAUCAGUGGUUGAAGGCGUUCAUUCAGCUUGAUCGCCUGUCCCAUCCGUUCCAGUUGUCGGUGUAUAAAAAGAACAUGGGCUACUAUGAAGGGGUGUCGGCCAUUGACGAUAUUGUGUUUGAAAACUGUUCACUCCCUACUGCUGUCCAGAGCUGCAGCAGGGCCGACCUCUUCUGGUGUAGGGACACGAAGGCUUGUAUAAGCAGCUUACUGGUGUGCGAUCUUAUUGAUGAUUGUGGAGAUGGAUCAGAUGAAAUCAAUUGCACAUCUGAAUUACAGUGUGACUUUGAAGACGGAUUAUGUAACUGGACACAAGACACCGAUGAUGACUUUGACUGGAAAAGACAUCAAGGCCAGACACCAACUCUUGACACUGGACCCAUGAAAGACCAUACUAUGGGCACAGCCAAAGGGCAUUACCUCUACAUUGAGACAUCAGAACCUCAGCUGUACAGAAACCAAGCCAUCUUACUAAGUCCUGAAAUAGAAGCUACAGUUAAUAAUGGAAAUAAAACUUGUAUUUUUCGCUUCCAUUACCACAUGUUUGGAAGGCAGAUUUAUUCCUUGGCAGUCUAUAAAAGGACCAUGAGGAACACUAGAGGACUAUUACUGUGGCAAUCAUUUGGAAACAAAGGAAACCGAUGGUUAAAGAAAAUUCUCUUCAUAAACAGUUCUGUGCCAUUCCAGUUAUUAAUUGUAGGCAUGGUGGGCGAUGGAUUUACCGGGGACAUUGCCAUUGAUGACCUUUCCUUCUUUAACUGCACUUUGCAUCCAGGUGCUCUGCCAACUUGGUCACCAAUUCCCUUGCAAACGUCUACCGAGGCCACACUUCCUGUCCACAAUUGCUCGGUGGAGGAACAUGUCUGCAGGUCAACAGGGCAUUGUAUACCCAUCACCAAGCUGUGUGAUUUCAGAGAAGACUGUCUAGACGGCUCUGAUGAAGACAACUGUGUUUCAGAGUACUGUGACUUUGCAAACGGGAGUUUAUGUAAGUGGCUCCAGUCUGGAGCAACCUAUUUCCGUCAGGAUGCAGCAUUUCAGUGGAGCGUUGGUCAAGGAAUCACUAUUGUUCCAGGAGAAGAGGGGCACAGGCCUUUAGAGGACCAUACCAUGUCCACAGAUGAAGGCUGGUAUUUAUAUGCUGACAGCUCCAAUGGAGAAUUUGGCCAUACAGCUCAUAUCAUGACUCCUUUCAUAUCCCAAACUGGACCCAAGUGUAAGCUGACCUUCUGGACCUACAUGAAUGGAGGGACUGUGGGGUCAUUACAGGUUCUUCUUAGAUUCAUCAAUGUGACGUAUGAAGUUUGGUUCCAAAGUGGAAAACAAGGAGAUAGGUGGAGAAGAGCGGAAGUUCACUUGGGAGCAUUGUCUAACUUUCAGAUCGUCCUUCAAGCCAAACGUGGAGUAAGUUACGUAGGAGACGUCUGUGUGGACGAUAUUUCUUUUGAAGACUGUUCGCCGGUGGUGUUAGACGACAAGCCAUGUACAUCAGAGGAGUUCAUGUGCUCCAACAAGUACUGCAUCCCCAAGAAGAAUAUGUGUGACCUAGUCAAUGACUGUGUGGAUAACUCUGACGAGGACCACUACUUAUGCAACUCUUAUCUUGGACGUUGUGAUUUUGAAUUCGAUCUUUGUGAUUGGAAGCAGAGUCAGACCGAUAAUUUUGACUGGAGUGUACGAGCUGGGAGCACCCCGACUGUUGGCACCGGCCCAGUGACCGAUCACACUCUGCAGAAUCCCUCUGGGUUUUAUAUUUUUAUAGAAGGGUCAUUUCCACAUUUUCCAGGCCAGGGAGCUAAACUUUCUGGGCCAGUAAUAAGCAAAUGGAGCCGAAACUGCACGAUCAUCUUUUACUUCCACAUGUAUGGAGAGGGCAUCGGUUCUCUGACCAUAUCUCAGGUGACAAUAGGUGGGCAGGAGAACCUUCUCUUAAACUUGACUGGAGAUCAGGGAAAUUUCUGGCAGAGAAGAGAGAUACCGCUUCAUGAUCUGGGACACAAUUUCUUCAUCACUUUUGAAGGAAAGGUUGGCAAAGACCAAAGAGGAGAUAUAGCGCUCGAUGAUAUUGUCCUCACGAAUGAGUGUAUUCCAUCCUCUGCAUUUACCCCAAGUUCUCCAAAGCAUAGACCUGGGAAAGAUACUUGCCAAAAUGGAUUUUUGGAAUGUCAAAAUAAAAAAAAGUGCUACAGGCCAGAAAAGUUGUGUGACUUUGUGGAUGACUGCGGGGACAAUACAGAUGAAAUACAAUGCGGCACAUCAUGCACCUUUGAAAAUGGCAUGUGUGGGUGGAAAAACUCCAUGGCUGAUAAUUUUGACUGGAUUAUGGGUGGGCAUUCAUCUCAGUCUCUGAGACCUCCCAUGGACCACACACUUGGAAAUAAAGAUGGUCACUUUCUGUACCUGGAGACAUCUUACGUUGGUUUACGUGGUGAAAAAGCUCAUCUGAGAAGCUCCAAGUGGAAGGAGUCGGGGAGGGAUUGCAUGCUGACGUUCUGGUACUUCAUGUCAUCGAAAGCUACUGGACAAAUACGAGUUCUUAUAAAAACUGAAAACAACCUAAUGAAGCUAUGGGGAGAAUCCGAGAAUCACGACGGCAAAUGGAAUAAAGUGGAGAUUCAUUUGGGAAAGUUUAGACACUUUGAAGUCAUAUUUGAAGGUCUACGAACAAGAGACUUUGGUGGAGGAGCGGCCAUUGAUGACAUUGAGUUUGUGAACUGUUCCACAUUUGGAGACGAGCCUGGAAAAUGCCCAGAAGAUACAGAUUUCAUAUGCAAAAACCAAAAAUGUAUUGAAUCCCACCUAGUCUGUGACUACAAGCCGGACUGUGAGGACUCUUCGGAUGAAGCUGACUGCGGUGAGUACAUCAAUGUUCCUGGGAGCUGCAAUUUUGAGCAUCCAGACCAGAUGAAUUUUGGAUGUGAUCUCUCACAAGACCAUACAGAUGACUUCAACUGGACGGUACAAGACCGAGUCAAACGGCAUCUAAACAGCGACCACACUCCAGGUAAAGGAAGAUUCUUUCUCUAUGCCAAUGCAGUCAAGCAAAAGGAUGGAGAUACAGCACGAAUAUUUACCACUAAACAUUUUCCUGCCACCAGUGAGAAGUGCCGAGUACGGUUUUGGUAUUACCUGGUUGGGCCUCCACAGUCUGGGAUGUUAAAGGUGUAUAUAAUCACUGAAUAUGGACUGAAUAUUCUUCUGUGGUCGGCGACCGAGAGCAUGGAGCAAAGGUGGAUGUACAGCAGUGUCAUUCUGGCUAGCAACACUCCAUUUCGGGUGACGUUCGAAGCUCAAGUAGGGGUCAACAAAAAAGUUGACAUUGCUUUGGAUGAUAUAUCAUUUACAUUAGACUGCUAUGAAGAAGGACCAUUGAUUCCGCAGCCUUCCUGCCCUCCGGAUUUAUUCACCUGUACGUAUAGAAAGGAAUGUGUCCCCUUAUCAGCAAAAUGUAAUGGAACAGAAGACUGCACAGAUGGUACAGAUGAGAUCCUCUGCCCUACUUCAUCUCCUAGCACCAGCCCUGAAAUACGCUGCGGCGCUACACAGUUCCAGUGCUUUGAUAAAUGCAUCCCAUUGAUUAUGCGGUGUGACGGGGUGAUAGAUUGUCUGUUGGGGGAUGAUGAAAAGACCUGCGCGACAAUGGUUGUUGUCAAUGGCUCUGUGUUUUGCGCCUCCUCUAACACCUGGGUAACUCCUGAACAGCGAUGUGAUGGAUCGCCAGACUGCAGUGACCUUAUUGAUGAAUCCGGCUGUUCAGAAUGUCCCAUUGGAUACUGCAGAAAUGGAGGAAAAUGUGAACUAGAGAAUAACGUUCCAGUAUGCAGAUGCAAAAAGAAAUGGCAGGGAACAAGAUGUCAUAUCAGCUCUCCCGAAAUUUCUCCUCACAUACCAGAAGCUGAUUCCAUGGGUCUGUGGAUUGGUAUUAGUAUAGGAAUAACAUUUCUAUUGACGGUUAUUAUUGUCUUCUUUUGUUACUUCUGUAAAAGGAAACAUAAAGGCGAUAUUACCAGUGGGUUUUCCAAUCCAAAUUAUGCAGGAAGCAGCACGACUUCACAGAACGAGUUUUGUGAAGCAGUUCCUCCAAAUGUUCAAAUCAGUGUUUUUCCAUGGAAAUCGACUCAUGAGGAUUAUCGGAAAGAGCUGAAGCCCUGCGGAUUCUCCAACCCUCUAUAUGGCGAAAAAGAAUAAAACCUGUAAUUUUAAUGUCACAGUCAUCUUGUGGCGUGCAGAAAUUUCCUAGAGAUAAAUUAUAAUAUCAUUUACAGCGCCAGCGAUUGUUAAUGUAAAUACCACCUGCUGUUCCAGACAGACAAAGUAGGUAAUAAAUGGUUUCUGCGUGGUGGAUAUUAAUACACGCCACCGGCUCGCGGGUAAUAGCAUCAGUGAAUGGAUGUGUUACUGGCAGAUAGUUUCUCAGGGAAACAUUACCACAUGGAAUAAAUUCAUCUCCCUUUAUAUUGGUUCUAUACACGUCAAAAAUCGAAUCAUUAUGGCAG